AUGGUUCCCAGUACCUUUGACAAACGUAAUGUAAUAAUUAAUUUUGGACCUUUCCCCUUCUCCUCUAUUCACAUCCUACUCCACUCCCACCCCUACCUACCUCGUCUUAUCUACCUGCAGAAUGAGGAGCAAGCUGAAAGGAUUCAGAGACAGAUAAACAAACUGAACGAAAGAUUGGAGGAAAGGCUCACCAAGCAGGCUGAGCGUCGUGUGAACCUGUUGAACCGUCGUCAGCAGCGCUUAGAGAGGCUGAGAGAGAAACACGGUGAAAUUUCAGAAAAACUGGAAGAUCACCCAGAAAGAGCGGGCCGGAUCCAAGACAGACUUCAAGAACAAGUUGACAAAAUAGCUGCAAAGAUUGAAGAACACCAUGCCAACCAACCAGAGGCCCCGGUAACCCCAGAUUUCCCAGAUGAUGCCCCUGUAGCCCCAGAUUUCCCAGAGAACCCAGAGAACUAGGAGUAGGCGGAGAUCUUAACAGAAAGCAAACAGUCGCUGUGAAUUGAGUCUGAUCGACAAAGAAGGAGAAAUGGAUGAAGAACCAACGGCAGUGUGCUCUUUGUUACUUUCCUCUUACAUAGGAUGCUUGUAGAUGAACUAUAAACUCACUCUUUCUCUUGCUUUAUUUCAUUUCUAAUUUUGAUUCUGUGUUUGAAAUUUUUUGGACCCAUGGACGAAUACAAAUAUAGAAGAGGCAAUAAUCCACAAAGGACGUCGUCCACCUUUGAGGACUGAAUUUUUAUUUUUAGCCAAAUAAAGCACCUUAUGAUUUUUCUUACUUUUAGAAUAAAACAGUUGGUUUUCAUUUC